GCAAGGUGAAUUUCCGCGGCAGCGGCGGGGGAGCGGGCUCGGCUCGGGCGCUGCCGCCGGCUUUUGGAGCGGCUCCGCCAAGGGCCGCGGAGGAGGGUCCCUCGGCCGACCCCGACCCCGGCUCCGGCUCCGGCUCCCCCUUCACCCAGAGUGCCUGGAUGCUGGAUGGAGUAGAUGAGCGGAGGAAGAGGGAGCGCACAGAGGCUGAGAGGCUCUCGGAGACCGGGACCGGGGGAGACAGGCGGGCGGCUGGCUUCCCCCUCCGGGGCUGAAUAUGGAUUCCCGAGCCCUCGGGGGCUUCACGCUGCUGCUCUUCAGUUUUGGGCACCUGGGAUUAACUGCAACAAAUUAUAAUUGUGAUGAUGCAUUGGUAUCUUCCUUACCUUCAACAUCCCUUACCAGUUCCUCUGAGCUCUUCAGUACUCACAGUCCCAGCUUUGCAAAGCUCAACAGGCGAGAUGGAGCUGGUGGCUGGUCCCCGUUGGACUCAGAUGAGCAGCAGUGGCUGCAGGUUGAUCUGGGAGACAGAGUGGAGAUUGUCGCGGUCGCUACCCAGGGCAGGUACGGGAGCUCAGACUGGGUAACCAGCUAUACGCUGAUGUUCAGCGACACUGGCCGCAACUGGAAACAGUACAGACAAGACGACACCAUCUGGGUUUUCACAGGGAACAGCAAUGCUGACAGUGUGGUUCACCACAAAUUUCUGCACUCCAUGAAAGCCCGCUUCUUGCGCUUCAUCCCUCUGAAGUGGAAUGUCGGUGGGCGAAUAGGACUGAGAGUUGAGGUCUUCGGCUGCUCCUAUAAGUCAGAUAUUGCAGACUUCGAUGGCAGAAGCUCACUCCUCUACAGGUUCAAUCAGAAGCUUAUGAGCACAUUCAAAGAUGUGGUUUCCUUGAAAUUCAAGAGCAUGCAGGGAGAUGGAGUCUUAUUCCAUGGAGAAGGACAGCGUGGAGACUACAUUACUUUGGAACUGCAGAAAGGGAAGCUCUCCUUGCACAUCAACCUGGGGGACUCCAACCUGCACUUCAGUAACAGCCACACAUCCGUCACCCUGGGCAGCCUCCUGGAUGAUCAGCACUGGCACUCAGUUCUCAUAGAGCGUUUCAACAAGCAAGUGAACUUCACGGUGGACAAGCACACCCAGCACUUCCGAACAAAGGGGGAUUCAGAUCACUUGGAUAUUGAUUAUGAGCUCAGUUUUGGAGGGAUUCCCGUCCCGGGGAAACCAGGAACCUUUCAGAGGAAAAAUUUCCAUGGAUGCAUUGAGAACCUUUAUUACAACGGAGUCAAUAUAAUUGACCUGGCAAAGAGACGCAAACCUCAGAUCUAUACUGUGGGGAACGUGACCUUUUCUUGCUCAGAACCACAAAUUGUUCCUAUCACCUUUGUCAGCACCAGUCGAAGCUACUUGCUACUACCUGGCACUCCUCAAAUUGAUGGUUUGUCAGUCAGCUUCCAGUUUCGAACAUGGAAUAAAGACGGCUUACUUCUAUUCACCGAAUUGUCUGAAAAUUCAGGACCCCUCUUGGUUUACCUCCAUGGUGGGAGACUUACACUACUUAUUCAGAAGGAGACAGAGAACCCAGUGGAAAUCAGUGAAGGCACCAAUCUCCACGACGGGCUUUGGCAUUCUGUUGACAUCAAUGCCAGAAGACAUCGCAUUACCUUGACACUGGAUAACAAUGCUGCCACUGCUAGCCACGCAACCACUGUCUCAAGGAUCUACUCUGGGAACAGCUACUAUUUUGGAGGGUGCCCUGACAAUUUCACUGAUUCCCAGUGUUUAAAUCCCAUUACUGCUUUUCAAGGCUGUAUGAGGCUCAUCUUUAUUGAGAACCAGCCCAAGGACCUCAUUUUGGUUCAGCAAGGCUCCCUGGGGAAUUUUAGUGAUUUACACAUUGAUCUGUGUGGCAUCAAAGACAGAUGUUUACCCAACUACUGUGAACAUGGAGGAAAAUGCUCUCAGUCCUGGACCACCUUUUACUGCGAUUGUAAUGAUACAGGCUACAUGGGAGCUACCUGUCAUAACUCUAUCUAUGAAAAAUCUUGUGAGGCUUACCGACACCAAGGGAAGACAUCAGGUUUCUUCUACAUCGAUUCUGAUGGAAGUGGACCACUUGGACCACUCCGUGUUUUUUGCAAUAUAACAGAAGAUAAGAUCUGGACUGCAGUGCAGCACAACAACACAGGGCUAACCAGAGUCCAGGGAGCUGAUCCGGAGAAGCCAUACACCAUGUCCUUUAACUACAACAGCAGUGCGGAGCAGCUUGAAGCCAUGAUAAACAGUGCAGAGUACUGCGAACAGGAGGCAGCCUACCACUGCAAAAAGUCACGUCUCCUGAAUACCCCGAAUGGAAUGCCAUUUGCUUGGUGGGUUGGCCGUGCCAAUGAAAAGCAUCUUUACUGGGGAGGAUCUCUUCCGGGCAUUCAACAGUGUGCAUGUGGACUGGAAGAAAGUUGUCUGGAUAUGAGAUAUUUUUGCAACUGUGACGCAGAUAGAGAAGAAUGGACAAAUGAUACCGGCCUUCUUGCUUUCAAAGACCAUUUGCCCGUAACUCAGAUAGUGAUCACUGACACAAACAGAUCAAAUUCUGAGGCUGCUUGGAAAAUCGGCCCUUUGCGUUGCUAUGGAGACAGGCAGUUCUGGAACGCCGCUUCCUUCAACACGGAGGCCGCCUACCUGCACUUCCCCACCUUCCACGCUGAGGUCAGCGCAGACAUCUCCUUCUUCUUCAAAACUACUGCCAUCUCCGGGGUGUUCUUGGAAAACCUUGGGAUUAAAGACUUCAUACGAGUUGAAAUUAGCUCCCCCAAAGAGAUCACAUUCUCCAUAGAUGUUGGGAAUGGCCCCACAGAAGCCACCGUGCAGUCUCCCACACCCCUGAAUGACAACCAGUGGCACUAUGUCCGAGCAGAGAGGAACCUCAAGCAAACCUCUCUCCAGGUGGACAGCCUCCCCAGGAAGGUCCUGGAGGCACCUGCUGAGGGACACUUCCGCUUGCAGCUCAACAGCCAGUUAUUUGUAGGGGGAACAGCUUCCAGACAAAAGGGCUUUUUGGGAUGCAUUCGAUCUCUGCAUUUAAAUGGACAGAAACUUGACCUUGAAGAGAGAGCUAAAAUGACACCUGGUGUUAAACCUGGGUGUCCAGGACAUUGCAGCAGUUAUGGUAACCUGUGCCAUAAUGGAGGGAAAUGUGUGGAGAAGUAUAAUGGUUACUCCUGUGAUUGUACCAACUCAGCCUAUGAAGGACCUUUCUGCAAGGAAGAGGUUUCUGCAUUAUUUGAAGCUGGCACUUCCAUUACCUAUAUUUUCCAAGAACCUUAUCCUGUCACAAAAAAUGCAAGCACCUCAAGCUCUGCCAUUUAUGUGGAUGCUGUCAUGUCCAAGGAAAAUAUUGCAUUUAGCUUUCUUACGGCACAUACUCCAAGCCUUCUGCUGUACAUCAACACGUACUUUCAUGAAUAUUUGGCUGUGAUUCUCUCCAAGAAUGGAAGUUUACAGGUCCGAUACAAGCUGAGUAAGGAUGGCCUCCUCAUUUUCACCAUUGACUCUGGAAAUUUUGCCAACCGAGAGCUGCACCAUGUGAAGAUUAACAGAGAAGGCAGAGAGCUCACCAUUCAGGUUGAUCAAGUUCUCAAACUCAAACACAACUUUUCUGAGAUUGAUUUUAAGGCCAUUAAAUCACUCACCUUGGGCAAGUUCACAGAUAGUUUGUCACUGGACCCUGAAGUCUCAAAGGCAAAUGCCUAUGGUUUCACUGGCUGCCUGUCCUCUGUUCAGUACAACCACAUUGCUCCCCUGAAAGCUGCCUUACGCCAUCCCAGCGUUGCUCCCGUGACUGUCACAGGCUCCUUGACUGAAUCCAGCUGUGCAUCCAUAAUGGAAGCUGAUGUGAACACAGUAACCACGAUAUAUUCCUCAUCGGAUACUUUUGGGAAGACAGAUGAAAGAGAGCCUCUCACCAAUGCAGUCAGAAGCGAUUCAGCUGUGAUUGGAGGUGUAAUAGCAGUUGUGAUAUUCAUCAUCUUUUGCAUCAUUGCCAUCAUGAGCAGAUUCCUCUAUCAGCACAAACAAGCACAUCGAAGUAGCCAGACAAAGGAGAAGGAAUACCCAGAAAACCUCGAGAGCUCCUUUAAAGCUGACAUUGACUUGCAGAACACAGUGAGCGAGUGCAAACGGGAAUAUUUCAUCUGAUGGACAAUGCAAUUUCUUCUUACUCUUACUCCCCUAACCUUCCUUCCUUUAUUCCCUUCUUCCUUCCUUUUUUCUUUUUGUAAUUUUUUUUUUAAACAGUCAUUUUUUUGCUAACUUCUUUUUCAUUUGGAAAAGACCGCCCUGCACAGGAAACACUGGCAACAAUCACAGUGCCUCAUUCUCUGCACAAGAACCUGGCAGUCACAGUUUACUUCUGCAGCUCAAGGGACCUGCUAUCCCACCCUACACAAAAUAAGAUCCACAUGCACACCUGGUUUCUGCUGUGGGUUCCUGGAUAUUUCAAAGUCCCCACAUUUGUUUUGGUUUUUCUCUGGACCCAUUUAAUUCAUCACUUACACUAGAGCUGGACUAUGUAAAGUAAAGUAGCUGAACACGUAGCUCUACAGAUACUGGGACAGGAUAGAGGGAAAGAACUAGACCAAAAUGCCUGAUUUAUUUUACAGGCUCAUUUACAGCAGUCAUAAAGAACUGGCCAAAUUCUCAAAUGAUAUGAAUUGAUAUAUAUCUAUUGAUUUCAAUGGUGUUACAUUAAUUUAUACCAGUUGGGAAGCUGGUAUGAGGUAAGGAAAAAGAAAACUGUCCUCAUUAAGCUCCUUCCCCCAACCUCCUGUCCUUUUACUGUAACUUUUAGGCUUAUCAGUACUUUUCCAACAAUAUAUGUAUCAACAAUAAAUGUCAUUCCCAUGCAUCUCUUUCACCUCCAUCUCAUAAGGCUGGCUAUGUAGACCCAACGUACUCUAGCGUAACUCUAGCUGAAGCAUGGAAAAUAGUAGCUUGAAUCUCCAAGGGUUUUAGGAAGCUGCUAGGACUUAGGUGCUCUAUAUUUGUCUGAAAUGUUAGAAACGCAGCAUAUACCUGUUCAUGCCAUAUGGAGGGAGGAUUAUCACACGCUGAGGUUAAACACUGUUGCCACUGUGGCAAAGACAAAGUACAUAGACGAGAAAAAACAAAAAUAGUUCAAUCUUAAACAUGAGUCACACCUUCCGCCAGUUCUUCUAAAAAAGAAAAAAACGCAGCUACUCAAAAAAAAAAAAAAAAAAAAAAAAAAAAACAAAACAAAACUGCAUGAAAGAUUGAUUGGUAUUUCCUGUUUGUAGAAAUUGGAGUAUCUUCUCCAAAGCUAAAUAGAGAGAGGUCUGAUGUCACAUCUAAAAAUGUUAAUAUUUGAUCAACCCUGUUUACAAGGAAGAACAUUAGGGAAACAAGUUUAAAAAGAUCCCAAAUACUCUACUUCGAAUUAAUCUUCUGUGCUGUUUUUAUAAAUUCUUUUGUCCUUAGCUGAUUGGGAACAAUACUGAAGACUCGAAUCCUGCCAGUUUUACUUGUGCUGUAUGGUUUCAGUGUGAGGCUCAAAAAACCUUCUUUUCAGUCACAGACAUCCUAAGGGUGAGAAAUGGAGAAGUCCUACCAAGGGAGGUUUUUCACACCCUGCUUGUGUAUGUGUGACAUACUGCCUUCACAGGGCUUCUGAAGAUUAUAUAGAAUUUGCUGUCAGACUUGAAGGUUUCAGACAGUUUAAUCAAUCCAACAGCUAAGAAAAAAAAUAUUAAUUCAAGACAAUUUAUUGUGCAGCUGAAUCUCUUUCUUUGCCCCCUACAGCCUUCUGCAGUCAUCCUGGGGUUUCCGCAUGGUGAUCCUUUUUACAUAGAUUAAAAACAAAUGAUAACCCACAGCAAACUAGAGAUGAGGUAAUACAUGCAACAGGUGCUAUUUUUCCAGGCAGUGCAUUGCAGGGGUAUGUAGCUAGCUAUAUUUUUGAUGGGAGGAGGGGACAGACAAAGAAGAAUAAAUAAAUGACAGUUUGGAUAUGGUAAUUCUUCACCACUUCUUUUGGAAGUAGCAUCUGGUGAAGAGAAAGCAGUCUUGGAAUGAUACCACUCUCACGUGAAGAGGACUAUGUGAGGCCAGCCCCAUAACCAGAACUCUAACCAAGCAAUUUUAUAAAGCUAUUCAUAUUGAAAUUAGUAUUGGUGCCAUUCUUCCUCGACUGUGGACGACAACAGCCCUUUUGCUUCAUGCUGGCUGUUUGCAUGAUACAUGAUUACCUGAGAGUGUUUCUGCAUGAUGAGAUGUAUAAUGGUGGACUCAUUAGCUGUGUUCCCUUUAUGUUGCUUUAUCUUUUGCAGUGAAGUCCUGGCAAAGCAAUUCUCUUUUCUCCUUCCUUCCCUCCCUCCCUUCCUUCCUCCCUCCCUCCCCCAGAUAAAGCUGCUUUGUUUGGCAUAGCAGGAGGGGAGGAAUAAGCAAGCACAUGGGCUUCUCUGCCUGUUUUUGAGUCAUCUUACUGAAAUGGCCUCUGUAUGAGACAUCUCUGAAGUCCUAAUAUACUUAAUUGUUCAUGAAGAAUGGAAUGGGAAGGAGGGGAAAGCCCACAGGUGUGUAUUUUUCUCUAGCCAAACUAACAGAUACAACUCAUUCUUCUGCUUUCCUACAUGUUAGUUUCCAGGAAUAAAUUACUACAAAGUGCAACAAUAAAGCGCUAAUCAGCUCCAGCAGUGGAGUAGCUGGAAAAGGGAGACUGAGCAAUGAAGCAGAGUCCUCUCAUUUCUCAAGUGACUAAGUUACUUUGAGCCAUCUUAGGGCCUGAUUAUGCAAGAUGCUGAGCUUUCUCAAGGCAGAUCAAGUUCCCAUCACCAGAUGUAGAUAUUAGUGUUGCUGCGAAUAUUUCAGAUACAGCUCAGUGGCUGAGUCCUGGGCCAGAGAGGGGGUGUAGUGGCAUUCUGUGUGCAAGCCCAGACCUGGCAAUACAGUGUAAGUUGUUUCUUUGUCCAUUUUUCCUGAUCAUUUAAUAUAGCCCAGGCUGGUAAAACUCCUUGAAAAUUUAGCUACGUUGGUGUGCAUCUGUAAAAAGAAUGAACUGCACAUAUAUAAAUACAUGCAUAGGUAUAGAGAAACACAUGCUUUAUACCUAUGGAUGUAAUGAAAUGUGACUAUUUAUAUGCUACAGGGCUGGACAAAUGAACACACUUGUAUGGACUUGCCAUUUAAAAUCCUAUCUUCUAAAUCAGGAUGUCAAUAUUCUUAUUAAAAGUUAGCUAAAAGAUACUGUAUGAAAUACCCUAAUAUUAACUCCUUUUUCUUCUGUUGUUUUUUUUUUUUUUCUUUUUUUUGUUAUAAUGCUUUCUUUAGUGAGGGCAUAAUCUGAUUAACUUCAGUACCAGUUAAAGGCAACUGAAAAUAAUUUUUUAAAAAAAAGAAGAAAUGCAAUUUUGAAAAAAUCUGCCAGCGUUAAAAUUGCUUUUAUUUUCCACAGUUCAAAUUAGACCUUUUUUCCCACCUAUUACAAACCAUUUCUGCUAUUUUCAUUAAAAUUUCUCUUUAAAUGGGGAGGUCUUUCCUUUUUUCUUUUAGCUAUCAUUCUAGAUAACAUUUUUCAGUAAACAUAGGGAAUAAUACUUUUUAUAUAUAAAAUUUCAGGAUUUAUUUUAAUGGAAAACCUGAGAAUGUCAAAGAAUUGUUUGGAGGUGGUGUUUGGUUGUUUGGGUGUUCUUCCUUCUGCCAAGAUAAGUUUCAUAACAAAAGCAGGGGCUGGUAGAAGAUACCAUGUCUCUUUUUUUCUCCUGGUGAUUACGGUAUGUAACCUCUGAAAAUGAUUAUUGCUAGGCAGGGAUUUUUAGGCUAUGAAAUUUCUAAGUCAGUUAGAUAUGGAUUUAGACACUGAAAUUUCCUGUUUUCCAGAAAUGACUUGGCCAGUAACAGCCAUGAUUAUAAAGAUAUUUAGUCAUGCAAAGUCUGAGUUGGAUGCCUAGAAGGACUGUCUGAGAACGCUGGUGUCUGGCUAUAGAAAACAAAUGAAGGCUGUUGGAAAGCUAAAUCCUACUAAUUUUCAGUGAGAGGUAGGCUGCCACCUGAGUGAAGUGUGGGCUUUCAAAGGAAUUUAGUCUCAUGAGGAUGUGGAUCAAUGCUUAAGUGACUAAACAAGAUGAGCACUUGACUUAAAUUAAUUUCAGUUGGAUUUCUGCUUCUGCCUUGCUGUGAAAUAUUUUAAAAUACUACAAGACAUUUAAAUACUUUUGAAAAUUGAGUCCCAUUACUCUUUUGGAAAUAAAGCGUUGGUCCUAAGUCACCUAUGUAAUUUGCGGUAAGUAUUUCAUCUGUCCUUAUUCACUCGCUAGAGAGAAGACAGUGUGAGUGGUUUGAAUAAAUUUUUAACGUGUACACUUUUUUUUCUUUUUCUUGUUCUUGCCAUGGCACAGCACUUAAGGUAUGUCUGCAGUGAAAACAAAGCCAAACAAAAGACAGGCUUUUAACUCACAUUGGCUAAACCAGGAUUCUCAUCUGGGUGAACUAGCUGUGAAAACAAACCUUUUAGGGCUGUACUGUUAUCAGAUUGUGUUCAGUCACAAGAUUCCCCUGACGUUUAAGUUAAAACUGAUAGCCAAAAUACAAACAUGACAUGCUUUCUCUCUGCUUUAUUUUAACCUGAUCUAGCCAGACUUAACCCAUCCUAUUUAACAACUGCUCAAUUUUUACAGUGUAAACCAAAUCCUUAUUUUAAUGAGAUGUUUGUCUAUAUUAAGCAUUUAGCUGAUCGGAUAUUACACAUAUUGGGUGAGGAGCAAUCAAUACAUCAUAUAGUUUCCCUGUGGUGAGGGGAUAUGAAUCUUCUCCUGAUGAAGUCAGCUGUCGAUUUUGCUGAGCGUAAGAUUGAGUCCUAGACCUAUGGAAGCACUUGAAGAUUGCUUUUAUCUGAGUCUUUUGGGUUUGUUUCAUUUUGCAUUUGGUUUUACAGGCUGCCUAUUUUACACUUGUCAUCGAGCCCUGUCCUGUGGUCAGUGAGGACAGGGCAAAUAUCUCAGCCAUCCUUUAAGAUUCAAUUAAUCACUCUCUAGAGGUGCAUCUUUCUCUCCCUUGAUUAUAGAGACAGGGUAGGCUCCGGGUAAUAGGUUAGCUACUUCUAGUAGAAUUUGCCUACAUACAGGAAUUUUACACUAGUUUUGCAGCUCCAGUAGACACAUCUCCAUAGGUCUUAGAAGAGACUUGUUUUUAUGCCAGCUGGGAUCAAGGAAGGACAUCUCCUAGCAUCUAAAAUUAUACUAGACAACUCUGCUUAGGAAAUGCAUGUCUCUACUUAUAGCUGAAUGCAUGAAAAUAAGGUGUCAAAGCACCCAUUUGAGUCAGUGGCGAUCCGAUCAGUAAUCUGUGGGGCUUGGGAGAGGAUAGCUCUCCUUCCAGUCUAUUCUAGAUCCAAGAUCCAUUCAUUGCCUUGUGGGAGCUUUGGCAGAUAGCAUACAUGUAGACAGAUCUACACAGAUCUCAUAAUCUAAACCUAACUCAGACUUAUAAGAUGCCUUUCUAGCCCUGUGUGUCUGGUGCCAUCUGAGAUGAACUAGAGUAUCUCUGCAGCUCCAGUAAGGAUGCAAGCCUCCUGUCUGUCAUGUCUUGUAUCUGCUAGCCCCAAGCAGAUAUGUCUCAUAGCUGUUGGCUUUUCAAAUUAUAGUAAGUGCCCAUCCAGAAGCCCUAAGUUCUUAAUGAGAUGAAUCCCUGAAAAAAAUUCCAUUUUAGGAACAAAAUCAACGUUCCAUUCCAGCAGUGUAAGCCAAUCAGUUGAAGUAUGUCCUUCACCUCAGUUUAACAAGAAUGUAACAGGAGGCAGAAUUUGACUCCUUUGUGCUCCACCGUCUCAUGCCAUUGUUUGUUGCCGUCACCUACACAAAGGUUACACUGAAGAUGACCAGUUUCAAGUAUUGUUCUGCACUGCCAGCUUUUCACAGACACAAAAGGGGUUUAUUUUUUUAUUUAUUUAUUUAUUUUUCAAAAAGCAGCACUUUCUAAAAGGCUUGAGCAAAAGCUGAGACUUUGUGAAGCUCUCUGAGACAAAUGCUAUUGCAAAGCUUUCAUGCAGUUUUGUAAUGACUACUUAUCAAACAAGCCAAGUGAUACAGUUACAUCCCUGCCAAACCAAGGGCCUUAUCCAGAGUCUUUUGAGAUUGGUGGGAGGCCUCUUGGUCGACUACAGUUAGAGUUGCACCAUGCCCUUGGGGACUUCAGGGGUUUUCUUCACAAGUUACUAUCACAGCUUCAAAGCAUGAUUUGUUCCCUUUGGUUCUGCACUUUGCUGCACUUCCUUUCUCAAUGAAAAGUUCUUCACAUCCCCUUUUGGUGUGGGCGGCCCCCUCCUUCAUGCUCCUUUUGUACAUGAAACUUCUAAACACAGUCUUCUUUUGGAUCUGAAGUAGCUUUUUUCCUUUGGUUGGUUAUUUUGAGUCAUGCAUAUAGGAGUUUGGGAUAUUUCUAUGUAUUGGUACUUAUUUUUGUGAUCUUUUGCACUAAGUUAGUCUGACAAAAACAAAAACUGGAAAAAAAAAAAGCACACUUUCUGGUGAACUAUUGUAAUUUGUAAGCUCGUUGUUUGUUGUUUGUAAUGUACUGAGUCUACAAGCCGAGCUAAGGAAAGAUUAAGGCAACAGUUUGUGUUGACAGUGUCACUCCAUAUCUACUUCAUCUCUGUUUUCUUUUUCUCUCCUUUUUUCUUUAACAUGUGGGGCUAUCAAAUUGGUGGUAGUUGGCAGAGGAACUUGUGUUACAAUUCUAACUAAGGUUAUGUUUUUUCUCCUGGCAGUCACAGAAACCAGAAAUUUGAAGAAAUUGCAUGAUUCUCAAAAUGUCAUCCGGGUGCUCAGCCAGAAAGGAGACUGCACUCCACCGUGGAGAUGUAGUCACCGUGGAGAUGUAGUCACCUAAAGGUGGUGACCUGUAAGGGGGAAUGGUGACAUUAAUUCUCCAAAUGACAAUUGCAAUGAGGCGGUGCAGGAGGCAAAAGCUCUCAGAAAGGUUAUGCUGUUGGAAACCAACCAUGGUAACCAUCAGAUGGAUAUGAGGGUUUCAGGUCUUUUUCCACAAUUCAUUUUUGCCAUGGAAUGAAUUACUAGUUAGCCUGCCAAAACAUAGCCUUAAUUGUCCUGAUGAUCUGUAAAGUAUUGGAGAUGUACUUCAAACAUCGGAGAGGAUUUCAAACCUCUGACUGAUACUAAUCUGAACGUCUCCAGUUAGAUCACUGGAGCUCUCCCUGAUACCCCAAAGAAGAAUUGGGGAUGGUUUCCCUCAAACAAUCGUAACAUUUAAUGAAAUGUUGGGUACAACAGGUUAUCCAAAGAAUGGUGUUUGCUUAGAAACUCUCCUCUUUCCAUCCCUUCCUCUCUUAGGAUGCUUGUGGCAGCUUUUUUCUAAACUACUGACUGCUGUUCACAUUGCAACACCAUUUGCUUCUUGAUAUGCCGGUCAUCACUCUCUUCAUGGAUUUCAAUCCCACAACCCGAAAGACAGUCCUUCUGAUAAUGAUUUCUGCAUGGGAAAUUAUUUACUCACUUUUGCAUGCCCUUUACAGUUCCUUCUUGCAUCAUUUAGGCAAACCAUUUUCUGAUGUGUUUUGUCAUUGCUGCCAAAGCUGAGUAGGCAUAUCGUUAAGAAAGAAAACUGAUUGCUUCUGAGGUAAAGCUUAGAUACAGCCAGUCGCAGCCUCACAUCCCAUUCAAGACAGAGGAGUACUUGGACACCCAAGCCCACUCCAUGAAAUUUCAGACAGAGGUUAGGAGAAUAAGCAGGUACAUGUUUUUUCAGGCAUCCAGCCAUAAAAAUCACUACUCUGUGAGUUUUGCAAAUGAAACAUUUAACAUAGACCAUUAUAUCUAGAUGAUAGCAAGAAGCUCAACAUUGUAGUACCUGACCUGCUUUGAAAGGCACUUCGUAAAAGAAACAGAGCCAGCUUCAGACCUGGUUGUAAUCCGGUUGAGGUCAGUGUGGAUACAUCACACAGAUGAAUUAAGCCUUGGAUUGCCCUAGGCAAGGGCAGUGAUGAUCUUCUGCAAACUGGGGCUGACAUAUAUGAAUUCAAGUCAGGACCUUAUAUUUGUCAUCCCCUACUGCUGUCAACAAGACUUGCAUUCACUGCAAUUGUGUGUGUCUUCUAGCAGAAUUGUGGAUAAAACUUGGGAUAAGGCAAUGAACUUCAGCUCCACUUAAGCCCAUGACAUAGCUUAAGUCACCUUCAGGAGUUUCUGGAAACGUGUGUAGGAGGAAGGGUGAUCUGUGGGUGGUGUGUUCCCAACUAACUUGGGAGCCCACCCACUGACUUUGGAAGGAUUUUACAGGGUUUUAAUGGAGUCCACCCCUGGGUGGACUGUGGUAAACUGUAUCCUACUUGAAAAAUGAAGGCACCCCCUCACAAAAAAAAAAAAAAAAAGGGCAAAAAGCAGCUUCACAGGCUGUGAAAGCUAGCUGACAUUAAAUAAUUGUAAUAAUAAAAAAUUGGCUCUUUCUACAGAUGAGCCCUUCAUCAUUCAUUUUACUUUGUUCUACUCAAAUUGUAUUAAAUAAAUCUCUCAGAACACUGCUCAUUUCAGUAGCAAAGCAGGAAAAAAAAAAGACUUUUUUUUUCUUUUAAUGGUCCGUCCAAGGGUAAUGCAAGAGUCUCUCAGUUACAGUAAAAAGCAAAAUGGAGAUUUAGAUUAUUCCCCUUUCACUAUCUGGUUUUCUAAAGAGAAUUCCACAGGACGUUGCCUCAGUCCACGUCAGUUUUGUAGACAAUGUAACAUGUCUUAAUACACUGUUCGGGGAUUGAAAAAAUUUAGCCUUAGCUUCUUUUGUUUUCUAUGGUUACUGUUGUACAGAAGAAAGACUUAAACUGUAAAUAAUGUAUAUUUAAUAAAAAGAGACUUUUUGUAUGAUUUUGUGUGGAAGACAAA